CGGCCGGGCGCCGCGGCGGCGCCCCGCAGCCAGCACGCCGGCGUCGUCGCGGGGGGCGCCGCGGACUCCUCGGGACGCUGCCCUCGACAUUGCCAGCGUGGCCGAGGAGGCCAUCCAGAUCUUGGACCAGAUGGACGGCAUGAUGACCGCGGAAGCCAUCGGACGCCGUGAGCGAGCAGCUGCCGCGGCUCACCGCCGACGCUGCCGCCGAGGCCCUCCACCGCGUGGCGCGCCGGCUCCCCUCGGCGCUCCCCGCGGCGCGCAGCCCCGCCCUGGGCCCGCGCCUGCGCCCGCUGCUGCUGCGGCUGUCGGCGGGCCUCGCCGAGCUGCAGAGCGCCAGGCCACUCGCGCAGCUCGCAUGGACGCUUGGGAAGCUCGACAUGCGCUCUCAUGCGAAGUCGCCGCCGCUGCUGCCGGGCAUGGCGGAGUGCAUAUUCCACAUCUGCGGCCUGCUGCCCAAUGUGAUAUCCGAGUGCUCCCCGCAGGACAUCACGAACACGCUCUGGGGCAUCGCUAGGCUCUUCCCCGGGGGCGCGAGUGGUGCACAGGGCCACGUGCAUCGGGUCAGCGUACUGUCCCACGCCAUCAUCCGCCAGUGCGCCCAGCGGGUAGCCGUCCUGACGUCGCAGAGCAUGGCAAACUCCUUCUGGGCGAUGGCCCGCCUCGAGGCCCGCGGGCCCGACGUGGAGCGGUACGUGGGGCUGGCCCUGGACCGCCUCCGCGCGCCAGCGCAGCUCGAGCCCUUCACGCCCCAGGGGCUCGCCAACGUCCUCUGGGCCCUCGCCCGGCGGCGCACGGCGGGCGCCGGCGGAGGCCCGCAGGGCAGCGGCCUCCAGCCGACGCUCCUCGCCGUGGCCGAGGCAGCGGCGGGCCGCCUGCUGGAGUUCCAGGCACAGGAGCUCUCGAUGGUGGCGUGGUCGUACGGGAAGCUCUACGAGUUCAGGAAGGAGGAGGCCGGCCCGGCCCGAGGCGGCCGUGCGUCGCCGCGGCCCGCGCCGGUGAACGACCUGCUGCGGAAGCUGGCCGCGGUGGCAGCGGAGCGCAUCGACCGGUUCGAAGACCAGGGGGUCUCCAACAUCGCCUGGGCCCUGGCGACCCUGGGGCUGACGGGAGCGGCGCCGCAGGCCUUCCUCGAGGCCGCGAUGGUGCACUGCACAGCGGAGCUGGGGGGCUACUCGGCGCAGGCCGUGGCAAACCUCCUGUGGGCCUGCGUGCGCAUGGACAACUUCUCGCCGGGCGGCAGCGCCAGGUCAACGAUAGAGCGCUUCUGUUCCGCCGUGGCCGAGGAGAUGAUGCGGCGCAUGACGACCCACCCGAACCAUCUGCGCCGCGACAAGCAUGGCUCAGACACCACUGUAAGCUGGCGGGACGUUGCUGGUGUCGCUGUGGCACUGUCGCACUGGGGACAGAAUCGAUCACGAUCAGUGAUGACCUUCAUGAUUCUGCUGUCCUUGCAGGCGGCGGAGUGGGUGGCCAAGGGGCUCCUGACGUCGCAGCAGAUGUUCAACAUCGCGCGGUCGGCCGCCAGGUUGCAUGUGCCGCGUGAACACAUGCAGAAGUUGGUCGACGCCAUCGAGGCGUGCAUCAUGAUCCGCGGUCUCAGGCUCAACGACAUAGACAAGCGGCAGUGGGAAGAGGUGCAGCAGUGGUGCCCAUCAGGCGAAGCGUCUAACGCAGGCAUGCUCUACGACACGUGGGACUAGCACGCCGCGCAUCACCCGUGGAAAAACAAGUCCCCCAAGUUGUCGUUGUUCGAGCACUGCGCCGCCAACUGGGCCAGUGGCGGCGGCUGCUCCACCUGGAACGCAGACCAGCCGUUCGCGCAAGGGGCAUAGCCGUGCGGUGCAGGCAACUGGGGAGCCCGUAGUUUGCCAGCGCGAGCGGACACUUUCGACAACGUUGAAGACUGUGCGCCCGGGCAGGUCGAGCUGCUACAGCGCGGGGCUGUGCGGCAACAGCGACCAGUCGCGGAGCGCUGUAGCGAUAACAGCUUGAGUUCAAGAGCAGUGCUGGAGGCCUUGGCCUUCAGAUCGAAACAUUCUCAAAACAGUCGAGAGUCACGUUUACCCCAAUACACGGGUGUGAUACGCGCGUCGCGUUUAGCGGCUAGAUGUUUCAAGCAGGGGACCGCUUUAAGCUUGCACGUGCAGCUUGCAUCUUCCAGCAGAAUGUCAUCGUCCGCUCUCGUACUGGUCAAUGGGCGAGAGGGCGAGAAUGCAAGACCCACUGGUUUCCGUUUCAAGCCUGCACGGAAUUAGCAUCCCCGUCGCAUUCCAAGGAGAGCUUGUUCCGCCGGAGGAUUUUCUUUUCGGGGCACAUUAGACCGAGCCGCCGACGCCGCAUCCGCAGGAA